AAUCAAGUCAUCAGAAUUUAUUGUACUAAAAAUAAAAAUUAAAAAUAAAAAUAAAAACCUUUUGAUAUCAACUAUCAAGUUCCAAAGCCGUUGAGAGAAUUCCACAUUCGAGAUAGAAAAAUGAUCGUUUGUUUUCUCCGUUCCCGCCUUGCGUUCUUUCACUCUGUUYUGCACUCAUCUUCUUCAAGAUUACUAGCCGUCUCGGACUAUGCUGCAAGAAGCUCGAGAACCUGGCUUGGUUGUGGGUUUGGGCCCAAUUUCCGUGUAUCAAGAUCAUAUUCUCGUGGUGAGCGCAAACCUUAUGAUCUCUUUGGCAAAGUAAAACCUGGAGAUAAGGAAUUCAGGAAGGCCUGGGAAAAACAGAUGAAUGAAGAAGAAUCUACUUUAUGGACUGACAGUGAGGAUGAGGCAGACAAUAAAGAAGGUAAAAAAAGUCGUCUUGAACAUGAGAUAAAAAAGGUAAGACAGCAGGCAAAGGAGCACUCUGACUUGAUUGAUGCUGAUGACAGUGAUGAAUUAUGGAGUGUUUGGUCUGGGAGUGAUGAAGAGAAGACCUUAUGGACUGGUAGUGAAGGCGAUGAUGAUGACGAUAUUCCUACAGAGGCCUACCCCAAUGAGAGUAGUGACAAAUACAUAGAUAAACUAUUUGAAUUCGAGGAAACAUCGAAGUACCGAACAAUCUCAGAACUGUUGAAAGCUGAACAGGAACCAGAAGAAUUAUCCCCUGGAAAGCAAGCCAGGAAACUUGCAGUCGAGAACGCCUUGAAGAAGUUGAAGAAAGGGCCGGAUGGCCGUUAUACGAAUGUGUGGGAGGUCAUGAGUGAUAUAGAUAUCUUAAUAGGAGCAUUUGAAAACAUAGUCUCGGGGCCUGAAUAUGCAGAGCUCAGACAGGGAGGGCAGAAGAAAUUGAAUAUGCAGUUCUUCAAGGAUAUACAAGCACGGAUGAGAGAUCCAAAUUUUAAAUUCUCACCUGAAUUGAAGUUGAAACCAAAAAGCAAACUGGUUGCACAAAAGAAGUGGCAGAAAGCACAGUCUAGACGGAGGAAAGCACAAAAGCGAUAAUUGGCAUUACUGAAAUCUGGAAAGACGCCAAACCGAUAGUCUCGAACACCUACAUCAUCCAGAAACCUGCCGAACUGAUAGCGUUGAGGAUCCACAACAUCACGAUCAGCCAUGGAUAUCAUCUGCUUUCCUGAUCUUCCAUCAGCAGCGUUAGCUCCAGCCUUCUCUGCUGCAGUUGUAGCAGUCGGGUUAUGUUGGAAACCGCUCGACACACAGUCGAGGUAAUGUUCAAAUACUGAAGGAUUGAAUUCUCUCUCAAACAUAGGAAGCAUAUACUGAUUUUGGAAGGCAUGAGUAUUUUUUCUUAGGGUUGGUUCUUGACCUUCAUCUUGUUUGAAAGUUGAUGGCCAAACUUCAGCAUGCUUUCCUAAUUUGCCAAGCUUUUUUAUCAAAAUGGAAGAAUCCACACUUCCAGUGACUGUAACCUUUUGUKGUUCAGCAUCUAUGUCUACCUUAUAAACUCCUAUCAAUUAUAAGAAAUAAUAAUAUUUAUAAUA